CAGACCAACCCAUGCAGAAGUCUUAACCUAGAACAAGAAAGAAGAUUUAAAAGUUUUCUUUUCGCGGUAAAACUGUCUCGGUCGAAUCAAAUCCAACCUCUAACAAUGGAAAACAGGCCUCAAAGCGCCGCACUGAUUGCAACGACUGUUGUGAUGAACAUGAUUUGGUGGAUGGUGAUGAUCGCAGGCAUUGGACUGGGUGCCACACACAUGGAUCGCUGUACCGUGCAGCCCAACAUUCCCAUUUACCUGGUGGUACUGGGAGCGAGCAGCCUCCUGUCUCUGGCUUUCACCUACUGCACCAGCGGCUUCCAAGACGGAGCCUGUCACGUCCUGAGCUUGGCCUGCAUGACUGUCCUGCACAUCUUCAGCUUCGCCUGGUUGAUAGCAGGUUCCUCGUGGGUUUAUUCAGUUUACCCUCCAAACUACUCUGAUAAAGGUCUAUACUGCCACAAGACAACCUACCAGUUCGCCUUUGUUGUGACGACGCUGCUGUGGGUCGCCAUGGCCCUGGUGUUCGUUUGCGGCUGCUGCAUGGCUCUGCUCACCUGCUGCACCACCGUAUUCGCAGGACGCCACCUGCUGCCAGACCGCAAAAGCUUCUAUGGUGCAACCAGUUUUCAGGAGCCAGCAACUGGGGAUGUGUGACUUAAAUCAGGGUUCAGGUCUUAAAGUGACUGAGAAGGUUAUUGUUGCCCUGCUGGUUGUGUAGAUUUCUGUCUUAUUGCUGACAGUUUCUUGCUUUUUUCUUGACAUUAUUAAAGCUGGUACACUAGAUAGAAAAAUGUUAGGUAGCUGUAGCCAGAAAUUCCACCCUACAUGCCUUGUCCCUGCUUGUUUCUCUAAAAAACAUGUUUUUGCAAUAAUUUAAUUUAUGUUUUAUGGCUUAUAGCCUCAACAUCGACUCAGUGUCUGUUGUUCUCUGCAGGUUGUGGUAUAACUCAUCAGAUAUCAAAUCUUCUUCACAUUGCAGCUUCCCACCUACAAAAACGCAAUACUUUUAAGUCAAAAUAUGAUAAGACGCCAGAUGUUUACAAUGCAAAAUGUUAAAAGGAAAUCUGUUAUUCUGCUGACCUGAUUACAAAUUGGUGGCUUUUUGCAACAUGCUUUGUCAACAUGCUUUGCUACUGCCAAACUAGAAAAAAAUAGCUUAGCUCAUUGUUACCUUAUUUCUAAUCAGGCCCAGUUUAACAGUUUUCAACCCAUCAUCAUUGUAAUUAUUAUUCUUUUGGUUGUAUAUGUUUGAAAUCUUUGUACAUUGUACUGUUCUUGGCAAGAUUCUUUAGCGCACUUACAGUUUUGAUUUUAUAAUCUUUUCAGCUAGUGUAAAACUGUUCUUUAAUUCUGCUAACAUUGUGUGCAAGUGUUCCAGACA